AACAGGCAGUACAGCAAAAUCCAGAAGCACCAAAAACUGAGCUGCCUGUUUCGAAGGAAACAACUGACAUGGCCAGGGUUUCUUCCGAAGCUACUUGGUUCACACCUAUAAGGCUACUUGUCACCUUUUCCCUGAUCAACUUCAUAAAUUUCGUCCAUCGAGGAGCCGUUGCGAGCAACGGUGUGAAUGGCAGUCCUAAAAUUUGCACACCAAGCGGGCAAUGUACACCCGGGAGCGGGAUUCAGGGAGCUUUAAACCUAAGUAACUUUCAAGACGGCUUUCUCUCUUCUGCUUUCAUGAUUGGACUUAUAGUGGCAUCCCCAAUAUUUGCUUCACUGGUGAAGAGUUAUAAUCCGUUCAGGCUUAUCGGAGUUGGAUUGACAGUUUGGACUUUCGCCAUCGCUGGUUCUGGUUUUCCAAUUGAUUUCUGGUUCAUCAUUGCCUGCCGCGUGCUAGUUGGUGUCGGCAUAGCUCCUUUUGUAAGUAUUGGCGCGCCAUACAUUGACGACAUUGCUCCACUCGCUCAGAAAGCGACAUGGCUCGGAAUAUUCUAUACGUGUAUACCCGCGGGAUUUUCUGUUGGCUAUGUUUACGGUGGAUUGGUUGGAGAUAACUUGGGCUGGCGUUACGCAUUCUUUGGACUGGCCAUUGUGAUGUCCCCAUUUGCAGUUAUUGGUUUUCUGGCAAAACCAUUGAAGCUGAAAGCCAAUGCUAAUCUAUUUGUGGAUACAGGUUGUUCUCCGACUGAAAUGAAAAAAGCAUCGUCGUCUGGUGCAGAGACGUCUGUCUCGGAAGCUAAAGGUGUGUUUGCUGUGAUUGCGUUGCAUGAGUUGUGUUUUAACUUACUUUUCUUAAACUCGAAUGAUAUGACAAUAAGAAACCUUCCAUUCAUAAGUUACGACUCAACUGGCAACGAUGGUGCCGAGCGACCCGUGAAGGAAGAGAUCAUUGAUCAAGACUCAAAAGGACCAUCCAAGAUUUUUGUUAUGGCAUCUGUGCAAGCUCAUUCAUCAAGAUUUGUGAAAGAUUUGAAAGUUCUUUUGCUUGACAAGGUUUACGUCGUAAAUGUUUUAGGUAACAUAGCGUACAACUUUGUCCUGGGUGCAUAUUCAUAUUGGGGGCCCAAAGCUGGUUAUGGUAUCUAUCAAAUGAAAAAUGCGGAUAUGAUAUUCGGCGGGGUUACAAUGGUGUGUGGAAUAGUGGGAACAUUAGCGGGAGGUUUUGUCCUCGACAAAAUGACAUCCACAAUCUCCAACGCUUUUAAGCUUCUCUUUGCAGCAACGUUUAUAGGAGCUGCCUUGUGCUUUUCGGCCUUUUGUUUCAAGAGCCUAUAUGUUUUCAUUGCUCUUUUCACUGUUGGCGAACUACUUUUAUUCGGCACGCAGGGUCCCGUGAAUUUUAUAUGUCUACAAUGCGUUCAACCGAGUAUGAGACCGAUUUCAAUGGCCAUGUCAGUAGUUGCGAUUCACGUAUUCGGCGAUGUGCCCUCUGCUCCACUCGUUGGGGUUCUCCAGGAUUACCUUAAAGACUGGAGGAAGACUACUUUGAUCCUGACAUCAAUUUUGUUUCUGGCAGCCAUAAUAUGGUUCAUAGGGAUCUUUCUCUACAAGGGAGGAAAAUCUAAUGGAGAUAGUGAGAAUCAAGUAGCAAUGGUCAGCAAAUCCAAUGAGACACCGGUGGUUGAUGAGAUGGCUAUUGAAAGGACAAAUUCUUCUUCUGCCAAACCAUGAUUAAUUCCUCUCCCUCAUGCACUUGGUUCUUUUGAUGUUUUUCUCACUGCUAA